AUGGCCUCUUUUGCUCGUGGAGCCGCAUCCCUAACCCGCAUUGGUCUUUCCUCUUCCAAGACGCCCAUUCAACACAUCCACCUCCGAGGACUCGCCGGAGCAGCUGUUUAUUUCACUUUGUGCAUUCGCUAUUAUCGAAAUCGAAGCCUCUGCGCUGUGCGUUUCGCUUUCUGUUGUGCGUCCGCUAGUUUUUGCCAAAACCUAGGAAUCGGAGGCGCUGUGGAAAGCACUGUUGGGGAAAUGUUAUAUGAUGGGAAUAUGUUGGAUCAGAUUAGAAAAUUUGUUGAUGGUGUUAGUAGAACUGAGUUUGGACCCUUGAGUAUGAUCUUACGGUCAACUGAUAUUUAUCACCAUGGACCUGCCAAAGUUGCACUCUGGAAAGACCCAAUGAGCCCGUCUAAAUGGAAGGAAGAGCACUUUGUGAUUGUCUCUUUAGCUGGCUGGGGACUACUCUUCUAUGGGGGAUACAAGCUCUUCACAGGAGGCAAGGGCAAGAAAGAAGAGGUAAAAGCAUCACAGUGA